AUGGGCCGGCGCACUUCCAGAACCCCUCGCAGACGCGUCCAGCGACUGCUCGCGAGCCCGUUCACCUUCCUCGCCGUAUGCUUCUCGUCUGGAAACCCUUCUAGCGGCAGCAAACCUGCAAUUGCAAGCAGCAAUCCUCGCUCCGUCGUCUCCGAAAAGCCCGCAAAGACUCCUUCAAGUCAACAUCUUCAGCAACAGCAGCAGCAGCCCUCACAACCACAAAUCCAGCGGCAACAACCAUCGCCCAACCCCGACUCGUCCGUCUCCGGCAUCCCAGACGACCUCGACAAGCUCAUCCCCAACUCCCCCAACUCUCCCACUCCCACCGUCUCCCCCUCGCUCUCUCCGGCCUCCCUCGACGCCCUUCCCUCGCCCCCCUCCACAAACUCCCCCCUCUCCCGCCUGCUCUACAAGCGUCCCCCGUCUCUGACCCUGCAGAUCCCACCCGCUGCCUCCUCGCGUCUCUCAGUCGAGGAGCAAAACGCCCUCGGUAUCCUCCCGGGCUCGCCGACCAUCGUCCUCGAGCCCUACGACCUCGUCGCGCUCAACACGCCUACCACCGCCUCCGCAUCGUCAUACAGACCAUUAUCGAGCAGCGCGUCGCAGCGGACGAGCGUGUACAGCUUCAACGGCGGCGUGCAGACCGUCACCACUCCGGUCCACGAAAAGAGUCAGCCGCCGUUCACUGUGUUUAACGACAACGCGAGCAAGCGCACGUCUGUCAUUGCCUCCUCGUCGCCCAUAUCGCCCGAGGAGCAGACCAGAGCUGCUGAUACUGUCGAGAACCCAACGACGCCUACAAAGCCUGCGGGCGUCGAUAGCAAGCGGACGACGGUUGUGCUUUCGCGGGCUAGUAUCCUGUCUGAUAUCACAAACUCAGCUGGAGCGCGCAUAGUGAACAAGCGUGUGAGCAUGCAAAUAUCAACCGAGGCGAUUGACCAAAUUGAUAUCAUUGCAUGGUCACUGCUCCACCGCGUCGACGGCACGUUCGCGUUCCCGCCCUCUAUCUCCCAAAUAGAGCAAUCACUCGAACAAGACGGCCGCGAAGCCAUCAAAGAGUUCAGCGCAGACCUGCUUCACCUGAUCAUGCAGCGGCUCGAGGUUGCGCAGGAGCGUUUUCUAGACUCGAUGUACGCCGUGCACUCGCAAGAGGUCGGUAAAGAAGCCGAGUGCGACACCGUCUGCUUCGCGACCCAUCUCUACCGCGACUUUAUCGAUCCCGAACGUAUCCGCUCCGCGGCGGCGCUCAUGCUCGAUACCUACGACGAAGAGGACGAGGACUACGACGGCGACGACGACAGCAGUGUGUCCAGCCAGAGCGAGUUUGGCGACUCGAAACCGGACUACUCGAUCGACGACGGCUCGGACGUGCCAGACAAGAGGUAUCUGCAGUACGCCGCGGUCUGGCGCCGCGUGGCCGAGGAGAUUGAUCUCGAGGGACCGCAUACGGCUGCUGAGUGGUGGUCGCUUGCCGAGCUCAAGUUCCGCGUGAUGAAGGCCCGCAUGCGGCAUAGUCAUAUCGAGGAGAUCGACCGGUAUCUGCAGGACGUUCUUGAGCAGGAUUGA